AUGAGAGGAAAUAGUGUAAGAGGAGUUGGAGGUGUCAGUGGCAUCGGUUGCAGUCGUGGUGAUGAUAAUUUUGGUAAUAAUGAUGGUGGUUGUAGGCAGAAGAACUCCAAAGUUUGGUGGUUUGCUGUUGCUGUUGAUGGAGCUGCUGCUUCUGCUGCUAAGUCUACUGCUGAUUUGUGGCACUCCACUUUGCUCUAUGCUGCGUUUCAACGUAAUAAGCACGAUUUUCUCUACUUAGGAAGAAGAUUUGAUUUACUAACAGGCAGGAUUCUAAAUACAGGUUUUUUUGAAUUUUUAUAUCAAACGAUGUGCUAUUUUAUCUGCGAUCCUCAAAAUACAUUUAUGUUCAAUUUUCUCAAAAUGGCAAUUGACGGGCAAUCCCUAAAUACCCAAAUUUGUCGAAGUUGUUCUGUCUUAUUGUCUUGCCUAUUCGCUUAUGUCCAGUCGCAAAUAUUCUUAUUCACGAAAUGCCCCAAUUCUCUUUUCAGAGAGGACUUAUUGAUGUUCUUAGAAGUAACAAGUGGCGUCGACAACGCUCAAUACGAAUUAAAUUUGAAUGGCUUGCAAGUUAAUGCAAAAGUUAAAUGUCAGAUGCAAUAUUUUUUUAGAAAUAGAGCUGAAACAUUGACUUUUUUCUCUAAGAUUGCAGGUAAUUCCUCUAGCAGACCAAAUGAAACGAGACUGAUGAUGCGUUUAUGUUUUGCUGUUACAAUCAAACCAAAUUUGUUGUAUUUCGAAUUAAAAUGUAAAACGUCACUACCGAAUGCAAAUAGUCCUUCUGUUCAUUUCGCACCUAUUUUAGUACAUAUGAUGGAAGAUAAAAAGGUCCGUUUGCGAAUGAAUCAUAAAGUUAUGGGAGCAACAUCUAAUGAUUCUCAUGAUAGCCUUGUUUCUCCUGUCAAAACUAUCCUGGAUCAUCCCACAAUUCAUGAAGGGGUCACAUACAGCAGAGACCGUGGUAAUAAUCUAGUGCAUUCAAGGAAUUUCCCUCCUGAGAUACCUAUGAAUGCACCAAACUAUAAUGAGUUUACUUUGUUAAGUGUUACUUUUGUAAAUGAAUAUAAUAUAUUAUUAAGACUUGGUGUUUACAUGCAUAAGCACGGAUUCAAUCGAGUUCCUAAGCCAAGUUUCCAAGAGAGCAGUGCUUCAACACAGUCACAUUCAAUCGUCAAAGGGGAAAAGCAAGAGAGUGGUACAUUAUGUCAUCCUGAAGAUAAUAGCGGUGACGCCAAAUUUUCAUGA